AUUUUUUGUUCAUAAUGGCUGCUAUUCUUGAGAAGAUUGCUAAACUUGCUAUUCCUGCCGGUCUUGCUAUCGGUGGUAUUCAAACAGCCAUGUAUGAUGUCCAGGGUGGUCAUCGUGCAGUUAUUUUCGAUCGUAUUCAGGGUGUGAAAGCCUCUUCCAUGGGUGAAGGUACCCAUUUCUUAGUCCCCUGGCUUCAACGUGCCGUCAUUUUUGACGUGCGUACCAAGCCUCGUAACAUUUCCACCACCACUGGUUCCAAAGAUAUGCAAAUGGUUUCCUUGACCUUGCGUGUCUUGCAUCGUCCCGAACUCAAGAACUUGUCCGUCAUCUAUCAAAACUUGGGUGAAGAUUAUGAUGAAAGAGUCUUGCCUUCUAUUGGUAACGAAGUCCUCAAGUCCAUCGUUGCUCAAUUUGAUGCUUCUGAGUUAAUUACUCAACGUGAAGUUGUAUCUGCAAAGGUCCGUGAGGAAUUAUAUAAGCGUGCCAGAGAGUUCAACAUUGCCUUGGAGGAUGUUUCUAUUACCCACAUGACUUUUGGUAGAGAAUUCACCAACGCUGUCGAACAAAAGCAAAUUGCUCAACAAGAAGCUGAAACUGCUAAAUUCGUCGUCGAACGUGCAGAACAAGAAAAGUUGGCCAACAUCAUUCGUGCUGAGGGUGACUCUCAAGCUGCUGAAAUGAUCUCCACAGCUCUUGCCAAGGCCGGUGAUGGUUUCAUCGCAUUCAGAAAGAUUGAAGCCUCUAAGCAAAUCGCAACAACAUUAUCUCAAACCAAGAACGUCACCUACUUGCCCAGUAACAAGAACGGUUCCGGAUCCAACAUGCUCCUCAACAUUGGUUCUGCUUAAAAAGACACUCACACAUAUCAACAAACACAUUGUAGUAAUAAAAAAAAUGGAAAAAGUUAUACAUAUUAU